AUGGAUGAUAAGAAAUCAAAUGACGAACUUGUAGGAGAACACAACUCUACAUCAGUUAGAGAAUGUGCAGCCCGCUGUCAAAGAGAGUGUAGUUUCUAUGGGUUUAAUCCUCAGAUGAAGAAAUGUCGUACCCACAAGAAGAUUUUCACGUCGGGAUUGUCUAAUGAGGGUGGCUGGAGAUACUACUCACAUAACUUUAUUCCAAAAGACUGUAAGGAUCUACAAUCAGAUGGACACAUUAACUCAGGGGUGUAUGAAAUAUAUCCCUAUGGCACCAUGACCAGUCCUGUCCGUGUUUACUGUGACAUGACGACAAUGGGCGGUGGGUGGACGGCAAUCCAAAAACGUGUCAAUGGAUCCCUCAGUUUUGACAAAGAUUGGACGGCAUAUAAAAAUGGUUUUGGUGCCCCAGAACAGGAUUUCUGGAUUGGAAAUGACGUUAUACAUCAAUUAACAAAAGAAAAUAACUCAUCCCUGUAUGUGUCC